AUGGCGUCUAAUCAGCCACAAGUGCACCAGCAAUCCUCAACACAUAUGAUGAAAACAACAAGGUCAGGGCGACCUUUUGUAAAGGAUAUCCAUGAUUUGUAUUCUACGCUGGUCGUUUCAUUACCAAUGGAAUCCCAUCGAUAUUUAUUCAGAAGCUACUCCAAUUCAUUCACAACUGAGGAAGCUAUUGCAAAUCUUGGCUCUUUGAAAUUUACUCAAUCACAUAGGACUCCAGAUCCGAAAGAUCCUUCACGCAUCAUAACGACCACAACAACUACAACUUUCAGCAUGACUAAAGAAAUGGCAAAAAGUGUGUGCCAAACUUUUAUGGACUCUAAAUUGUUUGUAAACCUUGCGGAUUCAAGCAGUCGGUCCUUCAAAGACAGAAAUGUAUACGGUCUUACUCCAAAAGGUCUGUUUAUUUUGGAGCGUUUCGUCGCUAGAAACGGAAUCACUGCUCCACAUUUGACAAAGUUAUUUGCCUCGCAAACUUCUUCGAUAAAGCUAUAUUAUAUCGAGCGAAGUUCGGAUAAUGAUUCUAUUGUCUUGAAUAGGCAAAAUAUUGAGUUAAUUUUUCGAAAGUUCGUUGGCAUUAAACCAAAUGAUAUUACAAAUUAUGAUGUAGACUAUAGAGAUGCUGCUUCUGAUUCUGCCUCUGGCUCAUCUACUGAAAAAGGUGAUCGUACCCUUGGAAUUGAGCUUAAGAAUCGACUGUUUAAUCAUCAAAUGUAUCAUCAAACUUUUUCUGGCGUUGCUGCUGUCGAGUGGUUAUGCGAUUUUACGACUUUAAUUACCAAAGAAGAGGCCGUGAAAGUUGCAACUGAAUUUAUACGUUAUGGUUUUAUCGAAUGCAUCUCUGAAAAAAUUAGUGAUGAUAAAAAGAAAUCUGAUAGACAAAAUGCUUUUAGAUAUUCUAAAUCUACUUAUUAUCAGAUUACUGAUUAUGGACGAGAGACAGCCUUAUGGGAUUAUGAUGUUCAUAGUAAUUAUAAUACACAACAAUUUAGCGGUAAUUCAAAUACUCUUAUUAAAAACGGUAAAAGCAAGAGUAUUCCCAAUCUUUCUUACCACAAUAAUAACGACUUACAAAGUAUUUCAAAUACAAGCGAUAGACCUUUGCUAAAUCAACUUAAUGAAGCACAUCGUAACUCUACGGGCGAUAAAGAUGGGUAUAGUUAUAUUACCAAAGAAUCUAAUACGAAAAAACUUCAACAAAUAUUGGAUGAUCCUUCCCUACGUUCUUUAUUUAUGGAAUUUUUGAAGGCCAAUUUUUGUGAAGAAAAUUUAUUGUUCUAUAUAGAAGUUCAAGAUUUCAAAGUAAAAUACAAUAUAAGCAUAAAUGAGGAUAGCGAAAUAAUAGACCCUAAUAAACAAGCUGCUCUUAUUGAUGAUGCUUUUCGGAUUUAUAGUACUUACCUGGCUCCUCAAUCACCGCAUGAAGUGAAUCUUGAACAUAAUUUAAGGCAGGAUAUGAUUCAAUACAUGACAAUGAUAGUACCGCAGUCUCCUGGUGCUGAGAAAUCUUCAUCUAGUAAAAUAACAGGUCAUUUAUAUGAUAAAAUUCAGGAUACGAUUUUUAGGCUCAUGGCUACGGAUUCUGUUCCAAAAUUUGUUAAAACUGAAAAAUAUUUAACAUCUGCUUCCACACGUAAGGCUGAUAUUGGCUUUAACAAAAUCGGAUCUCAUAAACACAAUCCAUCGUUUUCUAGUGGUGAGAGUCAAGAAACGAAGUCAUUAUAA